AUGAUCGCGGUGCUGGUGCCCUCGGCGCACCGCGCGCCCCUGGAGGACACGACGGCGCGCGAGAGCGGCGUGCUGACGCUCACCGAUCUGGAGCCCGACACGCUCUACCAGCUGAGCUUGGUGGCUCGCAACAGCCUCGGCUAUUCGCUUCCUUCCUACGCGGUGGAGUUCCGCACGAAGCCUUCCACGCCGCAGCCCAUCACCGACCUCCGAAUCUGCCGCCUGAACGAUCCUGUGAAGACCAGCGCGGGCCUGAUCGUGUACACGGAGGCCGAGGCGUGCUGGACGGCGUCGCGCUCGAACAACGUGACCUACCACGUGGUGGUAGCGGAGCUGCAGUUCAACCAGACGGUGUCGGAGGCGGAGCAGGCGCAGACGGCGGAGACGAGCGCGACGAUCACGGUGUCGAACAGCGUGAGCAACUACCGCGUGACGGUGCGGACCUGCGCGAACCAGGAGGUCGAGGAGGGCGAGCGCUGCACGGAGGUGUCGCGCGACUUCGUGACCGCGAUCGAUCUGGAGGACGUGGAUCGCUUCCCGCAGGGCGCCAACAUCAAGCUGGUCGCGGAGCGCAUGUCGCAGGGGGAGAUGCGAGUCGGCUUCACGCACCCGCUGGAGAACUACUUCCCCAUCGAGAAGUACACGGUGCACUACGGCAAUGUCUUCGACGACGAGUGCGCGAUCUCCGGAACCGUUCUGGAGUCCUGCCCGAUCCGAAUGGAGUACUGCACGAGCAGCUCGAUCACCAUCACGGUCCGCGCCACCGUCAACGGAAACUUCGCCGGCCUGCCUUCGAACCGCGUGACCGUGUUCUGCGGGCAGCCGCGUCUGACCAUCCAGGCGCGUCCGGGCUACGACUUCGUGUCGUUCUUCGUGACGAGCGAGUUCCACACGACGGCGACCUGCACGAUCCGCCAGCGCUUCGAUGCGGAGAUUCUGGGCUCGCAGGAGGUGGUGGUCGACCCGGUGAACAAUCCGCCCGCGUACCUGUUCAAGAGUCUGGACCCGGAUACCGAAUACUUCAUUGACUGCCAGGGCUUCGAUGUGGAGUUCGUGCCGAUCAGCGGCUCGGUGAUGUUCGCGACCUACAACGACUUCGCUUUGCCGUCCAUGCUGCUGGCCGAUCCGAUCCUGUCCGAGACGAGCGCGUCCUUCGUGCGCGUGGCCGUGGAGGCGGUGAACAUGCCCGGUAACGUGUACUGCUUGGUGGUGCCCGAGGGCAGCACGGUCCCCGUGUGGCCGUCGCGCGCCCAGUUCAUCAAGAAGGGCUACCGCAGCUACGUGUUCCCCGAGAUGCGCGAGAUGAGCGUGCUGCUGUCCGAGCUGAAGCCCAGCACCACGUACAACGCGCGCUGCAUCUUCGACCCCGACUUCGACGCCUCGCGCACCGUGCUGCGCCGCCGUCUGGCGGAGGAGGACUUCGUGUUCACCACGGCCGCCGUGGACAGUCCGCAGUGGGCGUCGCUCUCGCCGAGCGGAUCGGUGCAGGUCUACGUGAACGCGGCGAUCGAGCUCACCGGCGCGCUGCCCGUGAUCCCCUACGUGGGCACGCUGACGCUCUCCUGCCCGCAGCACCCCGAGUUCACGCAGAUUCUCCGUCCCAACAACACGCGUUUCGAGAUUCAGGGCAACACGGUCCGCGUGACGCCGCUCCGCCCGCUGCACCCCGCCUACGAAUACGUCGUGGAGACCACGCUGGGUCUCUUCCUGGACGCCUUCAGCCGCUUCCCGCUUCCCGCCCUGCUCCCCGCGGACAAGUUCGCGUUCGUGGUGACGAACGACACGCUGCUGACGGCCGAGCCCGCCCUGGUGGACUCGAUGCCGAAGAACGGCGCGGAGAGCCAGCAGUCGACGCUGGAAGUGACCUUCACGUUCGACCGUCCGGUGAUGGCGGGCUCGGCCUUCUACAAGGUGCUGGUGAACAACGACGCGCCGCUGUACCUGCCGACCAGCGAGAUGCUGUUCAGCAACAACAUGGUGGUGGCCGCGCGCCAGCUGUUCUACCCCGAGGACUCGGAGGUGCGGAUCGUGCUGCCGGAAGGCUCGAUCUGCUCGACGUUCGGCGUGUGCAUCUCGCAGCCCAUCGAGCUGCACUUCACGGUGCGCAGCCUGCAGACCCCGCCGCAGAUGAUGAGCAUCUUCCCCGCCAACGGGCAGCAGCACGUGCCCGCGAGCGAGGACCUGGUGCUGGUGUUCAACAAGCGGAUCGAGCUCGCGGAGGACUUCGUGUUCGUGCUCACCGACGAGACCACGCGGAACGUGACGCUGCACUACGCGCGCGAGAAGGACAAGGUGUACCCGCGCCUGUUCGUGGACGCCAACCGCGUGGUGGUGCGCGGCUCGGCGAUCCCUGCGGGCCACAGCUACACGGUGAAGUUCAACGCGGAGGACUUCAAGGACAGCGCGGGCAAUCGCGCGCUGAACCUCCCUGAGAACUACGCCUUCGCGGUGUCACAGUACCCCUGCAGCGGAGGAUACAUCUUCGAGGACAUGGGCAGCGAGUGCUCGUGCUUCCUCACGGAUACCAAGUGCGAGUGCUGGUGCGGAGAGCCCGAGAACCCCAUGGAUGUUGUCAUCCGACUGGCGUUGUAG